GUCUCGGCCAACGACGAUGAGGUGCAGACUCUGUCUGGCAGCGUGAGACGGGCCCCGUCCGGAGCCCCCAGCACCCCCGGCACCCCCGGCUGCGUAGCUGCUGCCAAGGGCCCCGGCGCACAGCAGCCCAAACCCGCCAGCUUGGGCCGCGGGCGGGGGGCGGCCGCCGCCAUCCUUAGCUUCGGCAACGUGCUCAACUACCUGGACAGGUACACCGUGGCAGGCGUCCUUCUGGACAUCCAGCAGCACUUCGGGGUCAAGGACCGCGGUGCCGGCCUGCUGCAGUCAGUGUUCAUCUGCAGCUUCAUGGUGGCGGCCCCUAUCUUCGGCUACCUGGGCGACCGCUUCAACAGAAAGGUGAUCCUCAGCUGUGGCAUUUUCUUCUGGUCGGCAGUCACCUUCUCCAGCUCCUUCAUCCCCCAGCAGUAUUUCUGGCUGCUGGUCCUGUCCCGGGGGCUGGUGGGCAUUGGCGAGGCCAGCUAUUCCACCAUCGCGCCCACCAUCAUUGGCGACCUCUUCACCAAGAACACACGCACGCUCAUGCUGUCCGUCUUCUACUUUGCCAUCCCACUGGGCAGCGGCCUGGGCUACAUCACUGGCUCCAGUGUGAAGCAGGCGCUUGGAGACUGGCACUGGGCCUUGCGGGUGUCCCCUGUCCUGGGCAUGAUCACAGGAACACUCAUCCUUGUCCUGGUCCCGGCCACUAAGAGAGGCCAUGCUGACCAGCUUGGGGGGCAGCUCAAGGCACGGACCUCAUGGCUCCGUGACAUGAAGGCCCUGAUCCGAAAUCGCAGCUACGUCUUCUCCUCCCUGGCCACGUCGGCUGUGUCCUUUGCCACAGGGGCCCUGGGCAUGUGGAUCCCUCUCUACUUGCACCGCGCCCAAGUUGUGCAGAAGACGGCGGAGACGUGCAACAGCCCACCCUGCGGGGCCAAGGACAGCCUUAUCUUUGGUGCCAUCACCUGCUUUACGGGCUUUCUGGGCGUGGUCACAGGCGCAGGAGCCACACGCUGGUGCCGCCUGCGGACCCAGCGGGCUGACCCACUGGUGUGUGCUGUGGGCAUGCUGGGCUCUGCCAUCUUCAUCUGCCUGAUCUUCGUGGCCGCCAAGAGCAGCAUUGUGGGGGCCUAUAUCUGUAUCUUUGUCGGAGAGACGCUGCUGUUUUCUAACUGGGCCAUCACUGCAGACAUCCUCAUGUAUGUGGUCAUCCCCACCCGACGGGCCACCGCUGUGGCCCUGCAGAGCUUCACCUCCCACCUGCUGGGGGACGCCGGAAGCCCCUACCUCAUCGGCUUUAUCUCAGACCUGAUUCGCCAGAGCACCAAGGACUCCCCGCUCUGGGAGUUCCUGAGCCUGGGCUACGCCCUCAUGCUCUGCCCCUUUGUCGUGGUCCUGGGCGGCAUGUUCUUCCUUGCCACUGCUCUCUUCUUCCUCAGCGACCGUGCCAAGGCUGAGCAGCAGGUGAACCAGCUGGUGAUGCCGCCCGCAUCUGUGAAAGUCUGAGGUGGUACCGCUGGGACCAUGAAGAACCCAUACGCCUACCUGGUCUGGGAGGUGUCAUCUCACAUCCUGGACUUGCUGAGGUGUCCCAAAGCUUUCUGUGUGACCCACGACUGGGCACUCACCCUCUCUGGCCCAGGACUCCUGAGUGGCCCUGGC